UGGGAUUCGGUAGUCCUUUAUUUUAAUUUCUAAAGCGAAAAAAAAAAAAAGAGAUGUUACUCGACCUUUGGCAAUUCUAAACCCCAGAAAACCUUACUAGCAUAAUAAUAACAGGACAAGAUUAUCUGAACAUAUCAGGACAAGGUGUCAGUUUCCUUAUUGGAGUUGGUAUAUGAAUUUUCAUUUAGACAAAAAGCAACAAUUAGGUUCUUCACAUGGAGUCAUGCUUUUCUUGUGAAUUUAUUGAACCUUAGAUGUUUGGUUCUUCUUUUUCUUUUUACAUCAUUGACUUCUAGUCUACAACAGACACUGACAAACUUUUGCACCUCUUGAAAUGUAUAUGAAAUUUGAUGUAAUUGUAUAGAGUGAAGAGAUCUUUAGAGUCUAAAUAAAUGCAUCAAAUACAAAAGAGAUGACAGUGGAGAAUUAAUGAUAAACCUAUCUCCACUUGUUCUUGUUUGGGGUUCACUCUUUUUUGCAAUUGUUUCUUGUUAAAUCAUCUUAACUGGUCUGCGGACUCUGUCCUUGGGAAUAUUAGAAACUCCACAGGAGCUUAUUUUUCAUUGUGAUUCUUAAUUUUAGAAUUGACUCAAGCAAUAAUUGAUGCAUGUACCUCAAUAAAUGGCGAAAACAACACCUGCUGAAAACAAGACCACGCCCUAUCAUGCUAAUUCAUAAUCAUCAGCCUUGGAUCAUGACUACCAAGCUAAUUAAGCAAUUACAUUGCUUUAAGCAUCUGAAGUUGGUUCUCUUUUUUAUCCUUUUGUAGGUGUGUUGUUUCAUUCCUUGCUAUAAAAUGAUAGGCUGUCAGCAACAAGAAGCCGUAAUGUCCCAUCUAUUUCGAGCAAGAAAUAUAACAUGAUAGGAGGUCUGUCUAGAAAUAUGACAUUGUUUGCUUAACUGAUAUCUUACAUAUUCUUGUCAAAACAAGGUGGUUGAACUUGUUUCUUAUGCACAACUAGCAAGCUUAUAAUGAUAUUGCUUGUAUUUAACUGUUGCCCUGUUGACUUCCAAAUCAAUAUGUAUAAGAUUACAGUUCAUUGUCAUUUAUGUAUUCUGUUUUGUUGUUGGUGCUGGUAUUGUCAUUUUUCUUAGAGGUUGAAGAUGAUGCAGAAUUUUACCCAGGAACUGAGAGGUGAUGUGGCCUCUUCUGAGGUGCAAAAAUCCAUCUGAAAUAGAAUCUUGUUCUGGAUUCAAUAGUGAUGAAUUAUUGGACAAGCUUCAAGAUGAUGAAAAACUGAAGGCACAACUUCAAUCUGGUGAUGCUUCAACUGUUCCAGAAAAAUUAUGACAAGCUACAAAGAUCACAAACAUCUCAGACAAUUUUUGGAGAUAGCACAUUUAAAAAUAAUGCUCAAGUGAUGGAAAAUGCGAGCUCCCUGUGCUGGACAUCUCUCAACCAGUGCUGACCACCUCCCUCUCUUUGCUGUACCAAGCAUGCAAGGGCUGGGGCUUCUUCUACAUCACCAAUCAUGGCAUCAACAAAGACCUCUACGACCAUCUUCGUGCUCUCGCUCAUCAAGCCUUCAACCUGCCAUUGGAUGCCAAGCUCAAGAUAGGGCCGUUGACUGCGAUGGGCACUUACACUCCUCACUUCAUAGCAUCGCCAUUCUUUGAGAGCCUCCGAGUCUCAGGUCCAAACUACCUUGCAUCAGCAAAGGGAUCGAGCGAUGCCAUCUUUGAGCAACCUAACGUCGAGUUCUGCCACAUAUUGCAACAGUAUGGGGAGGCCAUGGUAGACCUAUCUAGGAGGAUCUUGGCAAUCCUUUUGAUCUGUUUGGGUGAUGGAAUUGAGACCAAGUACUAUGAUUCUGAGUUCAGUGCGUGCCAUGGAUAUCUAAGGAUAAACAACUACUCGAGACCUGAGGAAAGUAGCAUGGACGAGGUGGAAGGGCUCGGAAUGCACACUGACAUGAGCUGCAUAACGAUACUGUAUCCGGACGAGAUGGGUGGGCUUCAAGUGCGAUCAAAGGAAGGUAAAUGGGUGGACAUAAUGCCGAUCAAGGGGGCACUGGUUGUUAACAUUGGAGACUUGCUGCAGGCUUGGAGCAAUGGACGUUUACGUUCGUCUGAGCACCGGGUGGUUCUGAAGCAAACGGCCAACCGGUUUUCACUUGCCUUCUUCUGGUGUUUUGAGGACGAGAAGGUUGUGGCAGCACCGGAGGAAGUGGUGGGGGAUGGGGGGAAGAGGAUCUACAGGCCAUUUGUCUGCCGAGACUACAUCAAAUUCCGAGAGAACAGCGAGCGAGGAAGGUUCGACAAGGUGGGCUACACGGUCGACGACUUUGCUGCAACACAAGAUGCAUGAUCCAGAGAGAUUACAUCAAAGCCGUUUCUGUGUCUAAUGUGUGCGCAUCAAGUUGUUACUGCUUGUUCAGUACAUUCUUUAAUCGAUGGAUUAGUAGUUAGAUUUCCUUU